AUGCCACUUUGCGUUAACUCGUCGUUCGCCGGCUACGAUAAAGAAAAGAAAGCAGUUCUUUUGAAAGGUCCUUUUGGUGCGAUAUAUUUUUUAUUACCAAAAUGGUCGGGUGACAGGCCUACCAUGGAAAGCGAAGAGAUGGAUGAAGACAGUGACUAUGUGGGAUCUAGCUGCAGCGAGAGUUAUGUGAGUAGUGCUAGUACAUACAGCAACAGUAGUAGCAACAACAACAACAAUAGUAAUGAGAAAAACGGUAUGGUUGCAUCUGGUAGCAGUGUUUAUGGCGAGGAGGACACUGUGAAUGAAUUGACAUUAGAGUGUGAGGGCAUCGAAUCAAAUGUUGGUGAAGAAGAAAAUACUGUACUUCCUUUACAUGGAACUGUGAUGCAGUUACGAGAGACAUACCGAAACAAUAAUAAGGAAGAAUUACCGUUUUAUUUGGAAAGAACGGAAUCUGAUAAUGAUUAUAGAGUGGAGAACUAUUUUACUCCAGUCUUUUUAGGAUACGACGAACACAAGAAUGUCUUUUUACUACCCACACCAUAUUUGAGUUCAGAAAAUGGUAUUUGUGCUUACCGUUUUUCACCUAUCCUUCAAAUUUCUUAUACUGAACUUUGUCAUUACUAUUCAUGGGAUUUUAACCCAAACAAUAACGAACAUGGAAAUAUCUCCAUUUCAUUUGAUUUACCCCUUGGUAAAGAAUACAUGAAGUCUCCUAUUCUUGAUCAGGUCACUCUACAGAAUGUUUUCGGUGUCUCUACUAAAAAAGUAUACUAUUUAUCCUUAUGGUCAGUCCGUGUUCAAUUUGUAGGAGUUGCCUGGGGAUUACCGUGGGUAAUUCGAUUACCUUAUGAUAGUGUAAAUAAUGAUUCACUCUCUGCCGUUAAAGAGAGUUGUGACAAUUACUGUAUCGAACCAUUACUGUACUGUUACGGUGAACGUCCUCUGUGUGAGAUUUACGGAUUGUGUGAAAGUCAAAAAGAUGUUUCAGUACCAUUUACUACACUCCCCCCUUCUCUACACUCUGCUAGUGCAGUAAAUAGAAAGGAAAAACAAAAACCUUUGUGGGAGGAAUAUGAGAAUCAACUCGAAAAAGAUGAAAAAAAGGGUGGAGCAACUGCUGAAUCUACUACCAGUUCAUUUGCUUCAUGUGGAGAUUUCAUUCCCCGUGGAACAAACUACUCUGCGAAGUUAAAUAAAAAAGAUGGAAUUAGUGCUGUGAGUCCUCCAGGUUUCUUUCUUCGUGGUGAUAAAUUAAUCUGUUGUGGGUCAUUUGGUGUUACCCAAGAUUGUGAUAUGUCACCAGAAGCUCUUGAACGGUUCGGUGUGUUGCAUGGUGAUUAUUUGAAAGGAAACGCUGGUAGGAUCUUUGAAGGUCGAGAGGCGAUGGUGCUUGGUGUUCACAUGGGUUCUCUGGUUGUAAUGCUGGAUGACGAUGUACGCACAACCACUCUUCGGAAUGUUCAAGGAAAGGAGGAUCUAAAGGUUUUGUUUUCGGGUGUGGGUGACCUUCUCUGUACAAUCAAGGAAGAUGGUACAGAUUCUGUGGAAGAGAAUAAAGAGGUGACUCCUUUACCACCCAUGGAGAGUGUGAGUGAGGGUGAUAAUGAUGGGGAUAAAACGAAGAAUGCUGAUGUAGAUGAGGAGGAGAGUGAUGUUGAUGAACAAUGGCCACUGGAAGAGGAGAAACCCAAUGAGGGUGAGGCAGUAAUAGUGGAGGAAGUAAAAGAAGUGGUUCCUAACACAAGAGUCUCAGAAUCUCCUGGUAGCAAAGUCCCCUUGUGUGAAACUGAAGAACCUGAUGUGCGGCAGCGG